CGCCCCUUUUACCCCUUUUUUCUGCCCCAGAAAAAAAUACAUUUCCCAAAAAGACAAUCCACACCAAAACUACAACGCAACCCAACCCAACUCAAUUGGAACAAUGCCGCCCCCUCAAUCCACCUCCACUAUCUCCGACUUUGCCGCCUCGUGGUUUUUCCCAUGGCGGUUUAUGAUCGCGUCGACGACUUUUUUGCCCGGCACGCUCGCGUCGGCCGUGCUCGCCGGCGAAUGGCGCACGCUGCUCUCGUGGAACCGCCUGCAAUCUGCAUGGUUCGGACGGUUCUGGGGCUGGGCCGGCCCGCUGGUGCGGAUGUCGGCCGAAGAAAACGUAGUCCCACUUCUCGAGGGCCGCGUGACGGGGGGCCGCAUCGUUGAGCGCAGCGCGGCGCACGCACGGGGCGUGGGUGGAACAGUGCUCGAGAUCGGGCCGGGCAGCGGCAACUGGGUGAGCAUAUUCUCUGACCGGUACCUGAGCUCGACGGGGUCAUCAACAUCAACAUCGGCCUCGCUCUCCAAUCCCAACCCUGACACUGCCGCUGCUCCCGGCAGCCGCGGCAAGGUGACGCGGGUGUUCGGCGUGGAGCCCAACGCAGGCGUGCACGCGGAGCUGCGAGCCAAGAUCGUAGCGGCGGGCCUCGAGGACGUGUACGAGAUUGUGCCCGUGGGGAUCCAGGACCUGGCGUCGUCGGGCCGCGUGCCGCUCGAGAGCGUCGACUGCAUCGUGACCGUCAUGUGUCUUUGCAGCAUCCCGGACCCGCAGCUCAACAUCAAGGAGCUGUACGGCUAUCUCAAGCCCGGCGGCCGGUGGUUCGUUUACGAGCACGUAAAGUGCAGCCACUCCCAGAGCUGGGUUGUCGACGCCUAUCAAGGUUUCAUGAAUCUGAUCUGGCCACCUUUUAUUGGCGGUUGUCAGCUACGACGAGAUACCGGGAAGUGGAUCAAGGAGGCAGGUCCGUGGAGCAACGUAGACUUGACGGCACCGCACGGGCAGCCGUGGUUCCAUGUCCUGCCUCACGUCAUUGGUAUUCUAACGAAAUGAGAAGCCCCCAAAGUCCAGCUGGAAACAUCAGCUAGCAGCAAUCACAAGGACCGGCAGGGGGCAGGCCGAAGCAGCCUCGGAGUUUCAGAUCAGUGAUUCUCAGCAGCCCUGCGCCUGCCUAUGAGACUAUCUUUUUGUUAUCAACAUCCGUCUCGUGUCUAUCUAUCCUUAAAGAUGAACUUGAACAUGAACGUGAUAAAUCAUGACUUCAAGUCUGCAGGUUCCACCCGUCACCUUCUCCAGAUGUCACUAAAUGUGCUGGAAACAACCAACACAGUUACCCAGAUAGCAUCAGCAAUUUACCAAUCCAUCGCAUCACCGUAAUCAGCAGCAGGGGGGCUUCCAAAAUCAUCACCGCCGUUGGUGUGGCCUCCAGAAUCACCAAAAUCGCCGCCAUUGGUACGUCCAUUGGCACCUGCAUUUUUUUCGGCGUCCUC